AUAUUCUUUUCAGAACGGUCGAAACGCUGCGUUCGUGUUGAGAAAACGUGACCACAGAAAAUAUCGUGUGGCGAUCGUGAUUAGAUGAACGGGUGUUAUGCAUGAUAUUGCAUAUUGACGUACAUUAAGAUUGUCGUGCGACGGCAUGCAGUUGUCGAAAUAAAUUAGCCGCAGUUACACGGGUACGGGAUUUUUCAUAGUAACACGGGUAUCUGAGUGCCGGCACAUAUCAAUAUACGCGAGCACGGAGGAUUGGUUAUUGAAAAAAUGGCGGCGGAAAUGCUAAACAAGAAUCGUUUGAUGGUUUUUAAGAAUAAAGGCAAAGAUCUAGAUGAAAUGAGAAGGAGAAGAAGCGAAGUGACAGUGGAAUUGCGCAAGAAUAAACGUGAUGAGACUUUACAAAAACGAAGAAAUGUGCCUAUUACAGAUUCUACAGAUGAAGAAGAUCCUGAUAAACAUUUGUCGAAAAUUAAUUUGAAAGAGUUGGUAAUGAAUGCUGGUAGUUCAGAUCCAGCUGUUCAAUUAGAAGCUGUACAAUCAGCAAGAAAGUUGCUAUCGUCAGAUCGUAAUCCACCAAUUGAUCCGUUAAUCGAUAGUGGUAUUUUACCAAUCUUAGUUCGUUGUCUUGAAGAUCACAAUAGUCCAUCUUUGCAAUUUGAAGCAGCAUGGGCUCUAACAAACAUUGCAAGUGGUACAUCACCCCAGACACAGGCAGUUGUAAAAGCUGGCGCAGUGCCCCAUUUUCUGCAUUUGUUACGUUCAAAUCAACAGAAUGUUUGCGAACAAGCUGUAUGGGCUUUAGGAAAUAUUAUUGGAGAUGGUCCAACAUCUAGGGAUUAUGUUAUUGGACUUGGCAUUGUACAACCAUUGUUAAUAUUUAUCAAUCCGGAAAUACCUAUCAGUUUUUUACGUAAUGUAACAUGGGUGAUCGUGAACUUAUGUAGAAAUAAAGAUCCACCGCCACCUAUGCAAACAAUUAAGGAUAUUUUACCUGCUCUUAAGAUACUCAUCCAACAUACAGAUAUUAAUAUCCUUGUUGAUACAGUUUGGGCAUUAAGUUAUCUCACCGAUGGUGGUAACGAACAAAUUCAAAUGGUCAUAGACAGUGGUGUGGUGCCUUGUGUUAUACCACUUCUCUCGCACAAAGAAGUUAAGGUACAAACAGCUGCUUUAAGGGCAGUUGGUAACAUAGUAACGGGUACAGAUGAACAAACACAGGCUGUGUUAAACUCUGAUGCGUUGUCGCACUUUCCCAACUUAUUGACUCAUCCGAAAGAGAAAAUCUGCAAAGAAGCAGUUUGGUUCCUUUCUAACGUAACUGCUGGCAACCAAUCGCAAGUUCAAGCUGUUAUGGACGCAGGGCUAUUGCCGCUUAUUAUUCGCAAUUUGGAGAAGGGUGAAUUCCAAACGCAAAAAGAAGCAGCAUGGGCAAUUAGCAAUUUAACGAUAAGUGGUAACAGAGAACAAGUUGUGCAGCUUAUACGAGAAGGCGUCAUUGGACCUUUUUGUGACCUCCUUUCCUGUAAAGAUACUCAAGUUGUACAGGUUGUUUUAGAUGGUAUACAUAACAUGCUCAAACUUGCUGGACCACAAGUUGAACAGCUGGCUAAUAUGAUAGAAGAGUGUUUAGGUUUGGAUAAAAUCGAAGCACUGCAAAAUCAUGAAAAUGUAGAAAUUUAUAAACUAGCGUAUGAUAUUAUCGAGCAAUACUUUUCCGAAGAGGCGGAUGACACGAAUUUGGGGUCACAGGUCGGAGAAGGUACAUUUGAGUUUGAUCAUACGUCGACUAUUCCGAGUGAAGGUUUUAAAUUCUGAGAGGGCCUCCAUUAUUUCUUAUCCGAUCGUGCCGUCCCCCGACAAACUCCAUUACGGAGCCAUUCUGCUUACCCUUUCCUAUUCUUAUGUCUCAUUCUUGCUCUAAUGUCAACACGUGGCAAUAUCAGUAUGCCACCGCUGAACCAAGAAUCAUGUUUUUUUUUUUGCUAAUCCAAAGGCAUAACAGUGACUGAUUGACUUUUUCCCUAUAGAAGGGAUAUCAGAACGAUGCAAGGGCAAAAGUUACGGAGCGAAAGAGUUUCUUACUGAAACGAGAGUCUGUAUUCUUUUGUUUUCUUUCUGAUUCUUCAACGCAUGUAUAUUACCUUUUUUUUUUUAAAUCGCACAUACACAAUAUCUGGCGGAGCGGAACUUAGCCGGACGCAGCUAGGGAUAUGCAACGUACCAACUAAAUUAUUCUAGUGUACUCUUUAUUUGCUCUCUAAAUCGAGGAGCAACAGAUAAAAAAAGAAAAAGAAAUGAAGUAAAAAAAACCUUUUUAUUGCUUGAUCACGCUGCUGUCCACUCUAACUCGAGAUGAGUCUUGGUUAGCGAUGUUACAUUUAUAAAAUAAUUCGUGUAUAUUUUAGGCAUGUUAAAUUUAUAAUAAUAUUGAUUACUAAAUAAAUGAAUCGAUUGACUACUCUUUAUUAGUUUAAUUCAUAUCUAUGGAUCAUUUCUGUAAGAAGAAACAAACGAACAAUAAAACGAUAAUGUUAAUUUGACAACAUUUACUGCCAAUCUUUAAUUGAACUUUUGAUCGUGCAAAAAAAAAGACAAAAGAAUUUAAUCAUUUUCAUGAAACGAUAUAUCUGUAUUAUAGAAAUGUCUCUUUAUUGAUAAUCUUGUUACAAUUAUGAUUCAGGUGUGAAUUCGAUCGUGACAUCUUUGAACGUGUGAACAUGAUUAGCAUGAAUAUCUUCAAACCGUGUAUCUUUGUUGACGUUCGGUAAACUGUAGAGAAUUGCGGCGAAAUUGUUCUUUGAAAGGAGUAAUGAAUCGUAGAAAUAGCACAUAGUGUUUGUUUUUCUUGGUACAUUUUAAACUAACACCCAAUGAUAAUAUAUUUGUUCUUUAUUCAUAGUAUUUGUAGAACAAUUUUCAUUGGUAGUAAUAUUAAUCUUUUUGCAACAAAACAUUCUCAUUGAUCAUUAUUAUAACUUUAUACAUUGUUGUAAUUUGCUGUUUAUUUCUUUAAGAUGGCUGUCUUCAGCAAAACGAAUAUUCGUCAAUAUUUUUAUAUAGCAAAAGAAUACUGCAAAACUAUUAUAUCUUUAGUUUCCUUUAUAUGGUGUACUUCUUGUAUUGCGAUUAUUUACAAGUGCGAGUUGAACGCACAAAAACCAUGUUUUUCAAGUUGUGAGAAAUGAUAUGUAGUGGCAACCUUGUUGGGUCUCGAAUCGAAUCGCUAAUUUUUUGGAUUUAACCAACGUAAAGUACAACAAAUUGAACAACUGAA